AUGAGUUCGAUUCAUACAUUAAAACGGCAAUGUCAAUGGUGUUCUCAGAACAUUUAUGAUUUAACAAAGUCACUCAAUUGUCCACAUAUUAUUUGUAAUCAAUGUCUUUUAAUCGACACAGGGUGUCAGUCGACUUGUCCAUUAUGUUGGUAUGAAAAUGCCGGACAGUAUGUUUUAAAUUAUCGUAUUUGUUCAGUUUGUUGUAGUGAUAUUAAUUCUAGUGAUCGAAUUCCAAAAUGUAUUGGAAAACAUCAUUAUUGUUUUAAGUGCAUUCCCGAAGGUUGUAUUUUGUGUCAAUUCCAACUAAUAAAACAUUUCAAUCAAGUGAAAUUUCGUGAUAUGCCAGUACAUGAUCAACAUAUUCUGUUUACGUGUCAAAUCUGGCAAAAGAAAUUCGAAGAAAUUCAAGAAAAAUUGAAAAAUAUUGCCACAUCGUCUUUUUCUAAUAAUAUUAUUCACAAUGCACAACAAGAACAAUCACUAAUGAAUUCAGAACUUACAAAUGAAGAACUGGGUGAUUGUAUGAUUUGUCUUGAUCAGUUAAAAUCUUCUCCUUCAUGUCGACUCGACACUUGUGGUCAUUCAUUUCAUCAAUCUUGUAUUGAUAAAUGGUUCGAAUCAAAUGGAAAACAAUCUUGUCCAAGUUGUGGACAUGUUUAUGGAAUUACCAAAGGACCUCAACCUGCCAACGGUCGUAUGAUAGUUCGACUUAUUCAAACAAUCCUCCCUGGAUACGAAACUUAUCAUUACGAAUCUAAUGAAGGUCCAACCAUUGAAAUCACGUAUUCAUUUUCUGAUGGAAUUCAAGGUCCAUUGAAUCCAAAUCCUGGUGCACCAUAUAGUGGAACAGUACGAAAAGCAUAUUUACCAAAUACCAAGGAAGGACAAGAAAUUUUAAGUUUACUACGUCAAGCUUUCAACGAUCAACAUAUUUUCACAAUUGGAAAAUCAAUCACUACUGGAAUGGAUAAUGUGAUCACAUGGAAUGAUAUUCAUCAUAAAACGAGUAUUUACGGAGGAGUUGAUCGUUUUGGUUAUCCAGAUUCGACUUAUCUGUAUCGUGUUCGUCAGGAACUUGCUGAUAAAGGAUAUAAAUAA